AACGUAACGUCAUCUUCCAUUUCAACCAAUAUUUAGACAACAAUACUUACUAUUUAUAUCCUCAAAAACACCAUAAACAUUGAUUCUGUGAUGAGUUAGUUAAGCAACUAAACUAAGAUUAUCAACAUAGUUAACACCAUAAAACCAUAUAUUUAUGCACCUUGAUCCUCAAUUCUUCAACAAUAAUUCUUCCUUCUCCAAAAAAUAAUGACUCUUUCUAUCAUGAUCACCUCCAUAUUUUCACAAUGCUUGAACUCAUGGCGGCGUCCGCUGAUAAUGUAUGCAGGUAUAUGGACAGCUCUGCUGACAGUAACAGUGGCGGUAGCAGCCUUAACACCGGAGACUAGCUUUUUAUGGGCGAUAACUCCUUCUUCUUCGUUUUCAACUGCGUGUAAAUCAGAAAGCAGCUUUAGGGUACCGGUGGACCUUCCAUCUGAUGUAGUGUGUUUGCCUGCAAAGUUUUUCCAACGUUCUAAGAUUGAUCUUUUUGUGCCUCCUAUAUUUGCUGCUCUUGUGGUUGCUAGCUCUGCUUGUGUUGUCAGAAGUUUGGGUCUUUGAUGACUUCUGUUUGAGCUUUGAGGACACAAUUGCUAACUGAGGCCUGAGGGGCUGCCGGAGCUAGGAUUUUUUAAUCGGGGUGUUGACAUGUUAGUAAUUAGUCAGUAUUAAUUUACUUUUUCUAUUAAAUACGAUAUAAAGGUUUUUUAUUUAUUUUUUUACAAAAAAUUGGGUGGUCGGCGACCCACCCUUGACACCCUGUCUACGCCACUGGGGCAUGACUUUUUUUUAUCAUCCAUGUGGAAGCCAUGUUUAAUUGGGUAGUCUUUAGGGGUGAUAUUAAGGAGUAGGGAUCGUAUCUCGUGUACAUCAUUCCCCUUACACAGUUACACGUAGUAUUUUGUGGUGUAAAAUGUAAUUGUCAUUGUAUUUACUCAAUGUGUGAUAGUAAAGAUUAUAAAUUUAAGGUGAAAAAAAAAAGCACAGUGGGAGUAUUAGAGAUUUAGAGAAAAGAACGCGAGU